UUUUGACUCAUCCGCUUCGCUUCUUCCUCCUGGCCGAAAUAAAAUAGUUUCCCAUUUAAAAUGUCAACUUCGCCAACUCCAACACUCCAGCGUCAACUCCAGCUUCAACUUCGCCGUCUCCUCUCCACAAAAUAUAUAUCACGAACAAUGGCUGCCCGUCCCCUGGCCAGGGCUGUUGCCCGUCAGCUAUCCCAGUCGGCGUCUGCCGUCUCUCGGAGGUCGUUUGUUGCGGCUGCAAGCUCUCGUCCAACCCUGGUCGCUGCCAGCAGAGCUGCCAUUGCCUCCCCGGUCACGCAGCAAAUCCGGGGUGUCAAGACCAUCGACUUUGCCGGCACCAAGGAGACCGUCUACGAGCGGGAGGACUGGCCACGCGAGAAGCUCCUGGAGUACUUUAAGAACGACACCCUCGCCCUCAUCGGAUACGGUUCCCAGGGCCACGGCCAGGGGCUUAACCUGCGUGACAACGGUCUCAACGUCAUUGUAGGUGUCCGAAAGGACGGUGCGUCGUGGAAAGAGGCCAUCCAGGAUGGCUGGAUCCCCGGCAAGAACUUGUUCGAUGUCACCGAGGCCAUCAAGAAGGGAACCAUCGUCAUGAACUUGCUCAGCGAUGCCGCCCAGAGUGAGACAUGGCCUACCAUCAAGCCUCUUCUUACUAAGGAAAAGACUCUCUACUUCUCGCACGGCUUCUCUCCCGUCUUCAAGGACCUGACUAAAGUGGACGUGCCAAAGGACAUUGAUGUCAUCCUGGUCGCACCCAAGGGCUCUGGCCGAACCGUUCGCUCUCUCUUCCGUGAAGGCCGUGGUAUCAAUUCUUCCGUUGCCGUCUUCCAGGAUGUAACCGGAAAGGCCGAGGAAAAGGCCGUGGCUCUCGGUGUUGCUGUUGGUAGCGGAUACCUCUACAAGACCACCUUUGAGAAGGAGGUGUACUCUGACCUCUACGGCGAGCGUGGUUGCUUGAUGGGUGGCAUCCAUGGCAUGUUCCUCGCGCAGUACGAGGUCCUUCGCGAGAGAGGCCACAGCCCCAGCGAAGCCUUCAACGAGACUGUCGAGGAGGCUACCCAGAGUCUGUAUCCUCUCAUUGGUGCCAAUGGAAUGGACUGGAUGUACGCCGCCUGCUCCACGACUGCUCGCCGUGGUGCCAUUGACUGGAGCAGCAAAUUCAAGGACACCCUCAAGCCCGUCUUCAAUGAACUGUAUGACAGCGUGAAGGAUGGCAAGGAAACUAAGCGCUCGUUGGAUUACAACUCGCAGAAGGACUACCGAGAGAAGUACGAGAAGGAGAUGCAGGAGAUCCGCGACCUAGAGAUCUGGAGAGCCGGAAAGGCUGUCAGGUAAGUACCACUUGCUGUAUCAUUGCUUCAUGCUCACACUAACACUUUCUUCCUACCUAGAUCCCUGCGGCCGGAAAACCAGAAAUAGACAUAGCCCUAUUCUCUUGACCGCUUGACCGACCGAUACCCCCGGGCUUCAUGUUUCUAUCUCUUUUGUACCCUGUCUGAGCUGUUCCUCUUUGUACCAUUACCUUUAGGUUACCGCCAAAUAGCUUGGUCGUUUCUUUUCAUUUUUUUUUUUAAUUUUUUUUGUUACCUAUACAGGGAAUACAAAAGAGACUGCAGCAGUUCAACCUCCAUCCUCAUAUUCUCCACCUACAGUGCAAGUAUCAUAUCUCACAUCGGAAUCAAAGACCACUUCUCCUUGAUAGUGUUUUUAUUUUUCGCUUCGUCAUCCUUGUCCCUGAGCCGUCUAGCUUGUUCCGGAGUUAAUUGGCCAAGUCUCCGUGGUUCCAAGACUCCCGUCUUGCCUGCGAAAAGGGGUUCCAGUAGGUUUGGGUUGCUGUUGGGAACGGGAUAGUCGCAUAAGAAUUUAUGAAGCCCAAGCACGUCGC